CGCCCUCGGACCCGGUUUCUUUCCAAGUUUCUAUUUUCAAACUCGAUGCGAUCGGCUCAGCUCACACAUAUCCAACAGUUUCGGCUAGAAGGAGAUGGGGAUUGCUUCGCAGCCUCUCAAAGUUUUUUCUUUGAGAUUUCAGUUCUUUGAUCCAUCGUUUUGUGUUUGUUAUGGAAGACUCAGACUUAAAACCACAUGAUCGCGAAUUCCUCCACCGGUUUAUUCAUCUGCAACUCCGCUAUUCGGUCCAGCAUCUUCUGGUCUUGAAGGCGCUUCGCAAAACUCAACUCACUCUCGGACUUUCACGCUCAGACUUCAAUGGCAAUGUCAUACCUGAGCGAAGUACGAAAUGAAACAAGAAGAGGGCAAUAUUUUUAAUGAAUCGCUUUUAAAUACAUGUGAGAGGACUGGCGUUUGAGUGGUGAACUUAUACAAGGUGAAGAGAUAACAAGGCAAUGUGAAUUUUAUGAGCUGUUAAUUAACCUAAUUAACGAACUGUGAAUCAAUAAUGGACUUGAUUCUCUCGAAUGUUUGUUUACGUUUACAAUCAAGUUAACUCAUCACGUGACAUGUGGAAGCUGACCACCAAAUGAAUCUGUGACUCGAUCCAAGUGGAGGAAAAUUCAGGAUCUCCGGGGACAAAAAAAGAACUGAUCAGAACCGAACACUUACUACAGUAAUCGACAUUUUCCCGAGACGGACUGAGGCUAACAAGAACUGCUAGAUGAUGGAGAGCCUGCCAUUGAUGUUGAUGAUUCAUGUGGUCGUCUGCCUAAACCAUGGAUUCCAGACCAGUGCACAGCAUACACAGACAUGUAUGUCUGAAUGUGAGACGAACACCCGGUACGCCAGACUGUCCUGCGAGGGUCAUAUGCUACGGUGCGUACCUGACCCAUGCUGCCAGACGGACACAAGGCACUUUAACAUGGCCAACAACGAGCUGACCCACCUCAAGAUUCUCGCUUUCCAGAGCUUCCCGCGGCUCCGGAUCUUAGACCUGCGACAGAACGUCUUGGCCAACAUUGCACCAGGCGCCUUCAGCAACUUGGACCAACUGCAACUGCUUGAUGUACGCGCGAACCAACUGCGUCAUCUCUACGCGGGGAUGUUCAACGGUCUCACCGCGAUCAAGAAACUGUAUCUCGCUAAUAAUGAAAUCGAGUCUAUCGCACCUGGAACGUUCACAGGCAUGACGAAUCUCAUCAGUCUUAAACUGAACUAUAACAAGUUAACAACUCUGCACGGCAAUAUGUUCUUUCCGCUGCAAACAUUGCAGCGUCUUUACAUCUACGGUAAUGAGAUAACAGCCGUCCAUAAAGAAGCUUUCCGCGGCUUGGUCAACCUAGUGACUCUGUCUCUGGCAGAAAAUCCUUUCGUGACACUUCCAAACAUUCUACCAUACCUACCAGCGAUCACUCAUAUUCGGCUUCAACAUAUCCAGCUCAAUUGCGAUUGCAGGUUAGAGUUUCUUCGGGUAUGGCUCCGAGAGAACCUAUACGAGGCCUAUGGGAGUUAUGCCAUAUGCAAUGUACCCAGCCAUUUUCACGGUACGCCUAUAUAUCACAUUCAGCAUCCUCUGCAGUGUUCCACGAGAUUAGGAAACCUUCCAAUCAGUCGGGAGGGGAACGAUCCCUCUCAAGCAGCCGAGGCUGAUGAAAAUGAAAGCGUUGUUAGUCAUGUUUCUACUCAAGCUGGAAUGAAUUCGGAAUCAGCAUCGGAAUAUAGUGAAUUCUUUGCGUCCUUUUCGGAUCUCUCGCGUGGAACGGUUUCCAAGACAAGUGUCACGUCGAUCGAAGGCGGCAUCAGUAACAGUGUUACAGGGAUGGAAACUGGUAGGUCUGAUUCAGGGGGAACAUCUUCCAUAAUGCCCAAAAUACACGCCCCUAUUGAGCCAUUGACCCCUAGAGGAACACUGUCGCCGGGACCAGUGGCUACAACAAAAAUGCAUGUCAUAGCAAAUAGCGGAGGCACAACAGACGGCAUUAGUCACUACACGCCACCAACGUUGACCCAAUCCUCUCGCAAAGACAUCCCGACAGGAAAUGUGACGGACAACCCUCGAGUAAAUGUAACCGAUAACGGGUCCAGGGUGAAUGGAAGUUUCAACGAGCUCCCACGCCCACCACCGCGGGCAGGUAGCAGGAAUCAUCCAACUUUGAAUAACGGGCAUCCUGUCAACCCCGAUGAUCCAGUCUCCACAACGGCUUCGUACGAGGCAACAGAUCCUUUCAGGUCUUCUCCGACGGCAGCCGAAGUACCUCGGGGAUCUCCUCAGUCCUGGGGCCUUAAAGGAUCUUCUGUGAAAAUUGACUGUCCAGUCCAUAUCCAUAACAUGAAUGAUUCCAAGAUUAAGUGGCUCACACCGAACGGCAAGCUGAUUAUGUCGAAUGUAUCUCGUUAUGGCAUCACCAAGAGAGGAUCGCUGAUCAUUCAUAAUCUCCAGGCGUAUGACCAUGGGACAUACCGAUGCAUUGUCCGCAAGGCACUGAACAGUGUUAAGAUGCUACCCGCCAAGUUGGUCCUGGCAUGUCCAUGUGGCGAGGAGGCACCAAAGCAACCUUCCUUUGAACCCAGUAUCAACUCCACUUCAGAACACCACUUUGGUCAUGGCUCUGAUCCUCACCAUGAACCCUCUCCUCCCCCUUUCGACGCCGGAUGCAGUCCCGUACCAAUGGUGGUUGCCAUAGUUACAACCUUCCAAGCAACCGUCGCUCUCUGCGUCAUCACAUUCUGCCUCUGCUGCUCCAAGAAUCUCAAAUACUCCUUCAAGGACCGAACCUGCAACGGCGUCCCAGAACCCAUCGCUGUCGUACGCACUCGCGGGAAAUUCAACGCGAGAUCUCGCGAUUUCGCGCAGUCCAGCGAUCCGACAUCGUCAUCCGUCCUGAGUUCGGGCGGCUCAGACUUCUACGAAGCCCUCACUGAUCACGGGUUUUCCCCCAGACAAGCGUCUUCUUUCCGAUCGUACGAUGCCUACCGUGAAUCGCAUCCUGGCUCGGAGUAUGUGAACUAUCGUGAGCAAAAGAAUUACAUGUACAUGGUAGGGUAUAUGGACACCGGGACGGGUCGGAGGACCUUAGGGUACCGAUCUUCCACGGACUCUCAGUGCCCGUCGAUCAGGGAAAUAACCAACGAGAAUAUAUAUGUCAGUAAAGAUUAGUCUGAUCUGAGGGGAAAGCAUAUUUUUACAGACUUUGAAUGAACGAAGAGUCAUCAAUUUGAUUUUAAGCGAUACUUCUGCUGAUUGAAAGAUCCAGGGUUUAUCUAUGAUAAUGAUAUUAACAGAACUAUCAAUAAUAUUGAAUUAUUCUUUAAUGAUGUUUAAUUGUAUACAUGCAAUAGUCAUUGUUCAGGGGACGAUGAUGAAAGUAUAGGUUAAUGGUUGUCUCUUUAUUUUCAACCAGUGGUAAUAUUUACAUCUUAUUGAUAAAUUAAAUAUGUUGCUUAAACAUAAUUAUGCCUGCACUAAUCCAUCCACGAACUACUGUAUAUUUCAUAAAUUCGUAUACUACUCGGUACUUAAAAAGAAAGUUGAAUAUCAUUGCCAUACGGAAAGAAAAUUAAGGGAAACGUGCUUUCAAUAAGAAAAAAUACCCUUCACAAGAGAUAAUUGACCUAGCUUUAACAUGUUUACAGCCCCUACCAGGGAUUUGAAAGCCCUCAAAAACUAUCUCAACAUUUAUCUGUAUUAGUAAGAUGAGUUUAUAAAAGUAUGAGCAAAAUUUCAGAUCAAAAGACCCUGUGGUUUUCUCUCUAUGAGUGAAAAUUGAAGCCACCCAUUUUGUACACAACGGACGAAGAAAUAAAACACUGCAAGCUGCAAAAUUUAAACGUGGAAAGAAGAAUGACUGUAUUUUUGCUGAUAAUUGAUAUUUUUGCCACCAUACUUUCAGGAAAGUUUACAAUCAUUAUUUUUACAACAAUUUGGCCCUUUUACAAGUUUUGAGAUUUUCAUCGUGCAAAUCCCUGCAACACUUUUAAAGGCUCGUUCAUCACUCCCGUUAUUUGCCAUUUACCUGCUCAAAUCUUAUAGAUAUCAAUCGCUUCAAAACACUGUAUCGAGUAUAGGGGAAGAGCAAAUGAUUUUAUAAGUUUGUCAUGUGACUCCGCGAGAUAGCAUUAUUUUGCUGCUCCCUUAAUGGGCAAGUCGUGACUACGUAAGAGAUAACCAUUGUGACGUCAAUACAAAAGGUGGUCGUUGUAUGUCAAGAGAAACCUGAAUCUGUAUUGAAUGUUGGGGACAUUAUUGACUCCCACUUGAAAGAAUACCCUUUUAAGAGAAAAUAAACCGGUAUCUUAAAAAUACUUUUAAAUUUCAUCCACACGGCUCUUUUGGUUAGGCAUCUUGCAUAACUAUGCCGUUAAAUGAAGCUUGAAAUAAACAUAUACACAAACAACUGAACUUAACUUCCAACCAAUCGGUGUGUUCAGUAUUUUUGUUUCAUUUUUAAUUGUUUCGUCUGUUGGCAACUUAGACGCAAAAGGUCCGACCAUAUUAUAAUGUUGGAUACGUAGAUCAAGUCAAAUAUGAAUUUACACCCUCGUUUCUAUUUUUGUUAAGAGGAACAAAAUACUAAUGCAAUACAGAGUUAAAUAUAUCCCUUGGACAGGUUGAAUAAGGAAUUCACUGCCAGACUAUACAAUAAUUGCAACAUUGUAGUUUAAAAGUGGUUCAAAUUUAUUCGGAUCUUGAUCUUCAGAAAUACUUAAUCACAAAAUUGUGCUGCAAAAUCGAUCUGGAUAAAAUGAUUCUGUUAAAAAAUAUGUUUAAUAUUUUCGUAGAUAACGCUCAAAGAGCGUAUGAUUAUAUUGUAUAGAUAUCUUGAUAUUUUGUUUCACUAAUUUUGAUAUAUUUACGAAGAUUGUACAAAUUAUCGAGGAUAGUUUUAUAUUGAAAAUAUACU